AGAAACUUGAAAAAGGUAUAAAUAAAAAAUGGUUUCGAUAUUGCACACCAUCGAUACAUCUCAUGAGGAUAUGAUACAUGAUGCAGAAAUCGACUAUUAUGGUUUGCGGUUAGCUACUUGUUCUGCGGAUAAUACUGUAAAAGUUUACGAUAUUAAAAAUGGAAUUCAAACAUUGGCUGCUGAUUUAAAGGGUCACUUGGGCCCAGUGUGGCAGGUUGCAUGGGCUCAUCCCAGAUAUGGAAACUUGUUAGCAUCAUGCUCCUAUGAUAGAAAAGUUAUUGUUUGGAAAGAAAAUGGCAACGAAUGGAUCAAAUGGUAUGAGAACAAUGAUCACGAUUCUUCAGUCAAUUCUAUUGCUUGGGCUCCUGCAGAUCUAGGAUUAAUUUUAGCUUGUGGAAGCUCUGAUGGAUCAGUUUCAAUAAUUACAAGAAAUCCUGAUACAGGAAAUUGGGAUGUAAAAAAAAUCCACAAUGCUCAUACUAUAGGAUGCAAUGCAGUCAGCUGGAGUCCUGCUGUUAGUUCUGAAAACACAUUUGAUUUCCAGGGACGCACAGCCACAACUAAACAAUUUAUUAAACGUAUUGUUACUGGUGGAUGUGAUAAUUUAGUAAAAGUUUGGUGUGAAAAUGGAGAUAACUGGGUGGAAGAGCAUCGUUUAGAAGUCCAUUCAGAUUGGGUACGGGAUGUGGCCUGGGCACCUAGCAUAGGCCUUCCAAGAUCCCAAAUUGCUUCUUGUUCUCAAGAUAGACGUGUUGUUAUUUGGACAUCAGAUGAUACCCAUUCGAAUUGGACACCUAUUGUUUUAAAUACAUUUGAUGAUGUUGUAUGGAAUGUAAGCUGGUCUCUUACAAGUAAUAUAUUAGCUGUAUCUGGAGGAGACAAUAAAGUCAGCCUAUGGAGAGAAAAUAAUGAAGGUCAAUGGUGCUGCAUAAGUGAAGUAAAUAAAGGACAAGGACAAAUUAGCACUGAACAACGAGCUUUGUAAUUUGUAUAUUAAAUAUAAUCAAUAUAAAAAAAAUUAAUUAUAUAUAAUCAAAUUUGUUACUUUCCUUCUUAUCAAAAGAGUGUCAUUAUGCUUGAAUGCUUAAGUAGUACUUUUAAUGAUUAAUAAAUUGUUUAUUUCAAAUUUGCGAUUGUGUAGCAUGGUAAGUUAAUUGAGA